UGGAGAGCAAGGCGGGCAAGGGGGGCAAGGGGAAAGGGAGGGUGGUGAGCAUACAUGACAAUGCGUUGUUUGAGUUGAGUACGAGGAGGGUGGAGAGUGGGGAUGAGGAGCUGGGUGGUGAUGAGGGUGGUGCGGCUGGUGACGGCGGUGCUGGUGGUGACGUCGAGAAUACAAACGAUGAGAUGGAAGACGAUACCGCGAAUGGCAACGACGAGAUGGAAGACGAUUCCCCAAACGAAGACACCGAGGAGAUCGAAUAUAAGCAAGAACAAGACGAAGAAGAUGAUGACCCAAUAUAUGACGAAACGACCGAGCAGGUAGGCGACGACGACGACCCGCAACCAGACCACUCCUCCAACGCCGAAAACGACAACGAAAACAAUGACAACAAUGAUGACGAGUACCCCCGCGACCCAACCCCCGUCAUAUCCGACGACCACGGAGCCGGGGAUCUCAAACCCGACCCGCUCGCCUUGCCCACGAUCACGGAGACGAUAUUGGGUGACGAUGACGACGAUGGCCGAGGGGGUGCCGGGUUCGCCGAGGCGUGUGAGGCGAGUCUGUCGCCCGCGGCUGGGGUCAAGGUCAAGGCGGCGGAGCGGGCGGGCAUACCAGCCCACGCGGCGGCUGCCGUACGCCCGCCAGCUGGUCUGGCGCAGUUUGGUGGAUACCCGCCGCCCGCGUUUGGGCCGUAUCCGUUCGCGCAGAUGCAACAGCCUUUCAACCCACAACACUUCACAGCCGCCGCACAUCCACCACCACCACCGCCCCACCCCUUCAUACCCGCCUCCCAACUGCCCUGGACCCACCCACCACCACCACCCUUCCCCCCUCCUCCCCACCCAUUCCCCCACCCGUUCUACCCCCCCUUCCUCCCUCCCGCUCAACAACCGCCAACAACAACAACAACCCCACCCCUGCAAUGGAAAUACCAACACUACGCGAACCAGUUGGGCGUCAUUGGACCCUACCGCCCCCGACAGCAUGUGCUGGGACCGGAGAAGGCCCGGCCAAAGCAGAGGGUUUUGAAGCCGAAAGUGGGGAUGGACGUUGAGCGGAUGGUGGGGAUGGGGGUUGCGGCGUUGAGGCCUGAGG